UGGAGAAGUUGUUCUUGUAGCCAUCAGCCUACAGUGAGCUAGACGGUCGAGCUGUUCCACCUUCCACCUGGCCCCAUACGUUUAACCCUGCGUCCUGCUGUACCGCUCACCUUACUCGUCUGUGACAUCCACUCAGGUUGAGGUUUAUUCUGUCAGCAUGGAGGAUUCAUCAGAGCAGUCCCAGUGGGUGUCUCCAGCCCUGCUCAGCUCAGACCCUCUGGCCAGUUUCUCCUCUGAUUCUGGCCUGCUGCCUCCAGGAGAUGAUGGAGAGGCCUUCUUCUCCAGCCAGGACACAGACUACACCAACCUGCCCUCCUUCUUCACCAACCCGAGCCACAGCCGAGCACCACCCACCUACAGACACAGCUCGGUUCGACAGGUCUACACCUCACCGAGCCUCCUCAGCAACCUCCAGCUGCUGGACGGGCCUGGCAGCCACCUGAGCUCACCCUACAACCCCCCUGCCUCCACCUGGAGCGGCAGCCCCCUCACCAAGACCCCACUGCACUCACACACCUCGACCUCCCUCUAUACCCCCAGCGUCACCUCCACCUUCACCACCUCCAGGGAUGGAUACUUGUCUCCAAGCAGAGAGGGCAGGGAGAGCCCCCGGCUUCAGGAGGCCCUGAAAGCCGAGCGCCUGAGCCCACUGGGAGGGUUGGGAGCCAGCAGCAGUUUUCUGAAUCUGACUCCUGCUGCUGGAAGUGUGUACACUCCAUCGUCCCACUCCCAUCCCCACAUGUUGAGCCCCUACAGCUCAUACAUGACAGGCCCACAAGACUACAACUCUACUGCCCUCUACAACAGCCCUGGAGCGUGGAUCAGCCCCUCAUACUCCCCUAAACUCCGCAAUAAGAUGAGGAUAUCCACUCCAGAGGCCAGAGAGUGUGUUAACUGCGGAGCCACAGCUACCCCUCUGUGGCGUCGUGAUGGUACAGGCCACUACCUGUGUAACGCCUGUGGACUGUACCACAAGAUGAACGGCCAGAACAGACCACUAAUCCGACCCAAGAAGAGACUGAUUGUCAGCAAGCGGGCAGGCACACUGUGUGCCAACUGCCACACAAGCAUAACAACACUGUGGAGACGCAACGCCAAUGGAGAGCCUGUGUGUAAUGCUUGUGGACUCUACUUUAAACUGCACAAUGUCAACCGGCCUCUUACCAUGAAGAAGGACUGCAUCCAAACGCGCAACAGGAAAGUGUCCAACAAGAACAAAAAGAGCAAGAAGGCCGCCAUGUUUGAGCAGUACUCUGAGCCGAUGCCUCAGGCUCCCUCUCUGGAUGACAACUGCGGGUCAUUUUCCCUCGGCCCCGGGACUCUCCUCACCUACAGCCACACACCACAUCUCAUCCCAGCACCAUCAUCCCUGCAUCCCUCCGCCUCCUUACAAUACACACACCACCUCAACACUGGCAUGAUGCCCACGCUGGUCUGAAGUGAAGAAACAGGCAGCUGCAAGCUGUACAGGUUUCGGAGUCAGCACGCUUGGUUGCCAGCUAUGUGUGUGAAUUUGUAUAUAUGUGUUUCUACACUGGAUGACUCAUGUUUUCUGUUCAUUUUAACUGUAUUUUAGUAGAUAUUAUCAAGUCAGAUAAAAUCACUCUAUUGAGGUUGUUGCACAUGUAAACACACUGAUAAGAGAAUUGUUUUAGUUGUAAAUACAAACACAAAGCAGGAUUCGGCUGCCUCAGUCUUCAUCCCUUUUCAGUUAUUCAUAAUGUGAAAUCAUACUUUGGUGUUGUGUUACACGGGUCUGUUUUGUAUUUGCAAAGUUCCUGUUACCAUAUUGAAACUCUACUGGGGAAAUAAUAAAAUGUGUGACUUAU